CGACUCGCCCGUGGACUACAUGAGCAUCACCAGCUUCCCCCGGCUGCCCGAGGAGGAGGCGGGCAGCGCGGCCGAGGGCGGCCUCCGCGCCCGGAAGGAGGAGGACGCGUUCCUGGGCGAGCAGGACACGGCUGGCUGUGCUUCUCCAUGCUACAUUAUCUGCUGGACUGGCAGGGAGGAAACCCAGACCUUUGGUUUCUACCACCCAGAAGAUCUCAUUAAAAGGAGGAAGCUUCUGUUCUGCUGCUGGUGCAGGUGAUGGACCCCCCAGAGGACUGAAGGGUCCCACAUUGCAGCUCCUGCCAGAGCCCGUGCUCCCUCUGCAGUGGCUCCAGAGCUGAGGCGGCCCUCAUUCCCCAAAGUGCUGGUUUCCCCGUGAAGCCAUGUCUCCUUCAUAGCACCCAUGGAAGCCAAGCAGGGUUUGGUGGAAUCUGAGCGUGGGCAUUGGUGGUGGGAUGGACACCUGCGCAUUGGCCUCGCAGGCUGCUCCUUGCCCUCUGUGCUCCUGACUGGCCCCUUUCGGCCACUCCCACCCCUAAACCACAGCCCUGCUGUCCCCACGCAGCACCAGUGGUCACAGAGACCGAGUGACUUGUCCAAGGCCAUGCAGGAUGUCUGUGGCAGAGAAUGAUGGGACAUCUGCAUCUCCUGCCAUGGCCUGUCCUCUCCCAUGGUUGCUCCCUGGAUGUUCAUGACCCCUCAUGCUGGGCUGGCCUGCCACCGGCACUACAGGAGCAGAGCAGAGGGACGGCGUCCUGGAGGGGUCGAGUAGAGGAGCCCAGCUUACUCUUCACUGUUUCCCCACUGGUGGGGCUGGUGCCCCACUGGUGUGGUGCCAGGGGCUGUAUGUGACACCCCACCUCAAUGGCAUCCCCUGCCAGGCCAGUCGUGGGCCCCACCAUGGGCACCCCAGGCCCAUCAUUCCUCCCACUCUGCCUAUAUGCUGCAGGCCCAGCUCACUCAGACCAGACAUGCCAGUGAGGGGGUCUGUGUAUGCUCAGAGGCGCAGGCUUGGGCUGAGGGAGGCUGAGUCAGCUCCUAAAUCACUGCAUCAUGAAUGUGAUUAAAUUCACCCUCAGGGGAUUCCCCGGCUGCAGGCGGUUCACUCCUGGUUGCAGCAUCACUGAAAUUAAAACUAACACUCUGCCUGGCCCCAGGAGAGCUGCACCCAGGAGGUCUUUUUAAUGUCGUGGCAAGGACAGGGCUGGCAAUCCCCAGGGAGAUGCUGUCUGCCAGAGCAGAUGGAGAGGCACAGCGGGGUGAUGGGCAAUGUGGAGUUUCUUGCUCCCUUCUCCCUUACCCCAAACCCAGGAAACAUCCUCUGUGUGGAGGGACAGGCUUCUCAUCUUGUCUUUUGCCCUCACUGCUCCUCUUCUUCCCACCGUGGAUGUGCGGGCACUGAAGCCCCCACUGGCUCUCGGCAGCCCCUGAAAAAAUUCAUCUAGGAGCCCUGGAUGAUGCCCUGAGCUGCUUGGUCCCGUUCGGUGCCCAGCAGGGACGGCAUGUCCCCAUGGCUGCACCAACAGCUCUGUGUGCCCAGCAGUGCCCACGUACAGGCAGAGCAUGCUCAGCCAGUGUCCUCCCCGCCACAAAGGCAGUAGCUGAUGCAAGCAGAGAUUCAAGGCAUCUUUCAGAGCAAUAGAGAGACUUUUUCAUCCUUCUGAGAAUUGUUUGCUCUCUGGUGGAUGCCCAGCAAAACCCUGCCCCACUGCAUUUGGCAUCCUGCAGCUGGGCAUCCAGCGAGCAGCUUGGUUUCACAGUGGGCCUCGUCAGCUGGAGGAAGCAAGAAGUUAAAGCAGAGCCUUUCCUGCCAUCAGAAUGGGUGGAUGCCCCGAGCCCCUCCGGUUUGCAGGUUUGCUCCUCUCUGCCCUUACUUUGCCGUGCUUCUGUAGAGGUAUUUCCUGUGCCCGGGCCACAUGUUUUGCUUCGCCUCUGUUCUGCUCAGGUGCUUUAGCUCAAGCAUAGCUCCAAAUAAGGCUGCUGGAAUUUUUUUUUUAUAUCUUAAUUUCCUCUUCUUCAGUCCUGCUGCAUUUCAGAGACCUGUUUGCAAGUCAGUGCUGUGUUAAGAACACCUCCAGUAGCUGUGGGCCCAUCACUGAAGACUGAUGAAUGGACUGAAAUGGAGCAAAAUUCAGGUUUUUUUGCCCCUCUUAAUCUCCAGGAAAGUAGUUUGGAAUUACUAGAGCUAAAGGAAAGGAUCAGUAAAAUGAACUAAAGCAGCAUCUGAGCCAGAAAGUCUCUUGAGAGCUGGGAUCAAUAGGGAAGACCCAGACUCCUUCUUAAAGUCUGCGCGUCUCCAGCGCCUGCCCUCGUCCUCAUCAGAGAUGGGAAGCCAGGACGUGUCCCCUCUCCGGGAGACCAGCAAGGACCCUUUUUCUGGAGACUGCAGCUGCCGGCAGGAUGGGCUGACUGUCAUCAUCACCGCCUGCCUGACCUUUGCCACGGGGGUCACUGUGGCCCUGAUCAUGCAGAUAUACUUUGGGGACCCUCAGAUCUUCCAUCGUGGUGCCGUGGUCACGGAUGCUGCCCGCUGUACAGCGCUGGGCAUAGAGGUGCUCAACAAGCAGGGCUCCUCAGUAGAUGCAGCCAUCGCUUCGGCCCUCUGUGCAGGAAUCGUCAACCCCCACACAUCAGGGAUCGGCGGGGGUGGGGUAAUGCUGGUCCAUGACAUCCGGAAGAACAGGAGCUGGGUGAUCGACUUCCGCGAGGUGGCUCCCCUCGGCAUCCCACUGGAGUGGGACCUGCAGAAGGACACCAAGCCAGGUCUGCUGGUGGGGGUGCCAGGUAUGAUACAAGGAAUGCACCAUGCGCACCAGUUACACGGGAGACUCCUGUGGUCCGAGCUGCUGGGCCUCGCUGCCAGUGUCGCCCAGGAUGGGUUUAACGUCACACACGAUUUGGCCAAAGCCAUAAGUGAACUGAAGGACCUGAACUACUCUGAAAAAUUUCGGGAGAUCUUCCUGCCGGAUGGCCAGCCCUUGCUGCCUGGCAUGUUCGUCAGGCGGCUGGACCUCGCGGCCAUCCUGGAGCUGGUGGGCGCAGAAGGGGUGUCAGCUUUCUACAGUGGAAACUUGACCCAGGAGAUCGUCUCUGAGGUCCACAACUAUGGAGGAGUCUUGGUGGAGGAAGACUUCAGCAAUUACAGUGUUGUAGUGGAGGAUCCUGUCCACACAGUCUAUCGAGGUCAUCUUGUUUUCAGUCCCCCACCUCCACAUGCAGGUCCUGCACUGAUCACAGCACUGAACAUCCUUGAGGGCUUUAACAUCACAAGUCAAGUAUCCAGGGGGAAUAUCUUGCACUGGAUGGCAGAGACAUUAAAAAUAGCCCUGAGUCUAGCUAGCAACCUGGGAGACCCAUCUGAUGAUGUGUCCAUCACUCACGCUGCAGAAGGCAUGGUGAGCAAAUCAGAAGCUAAUUCCCUGCGCCAGCUGAUUAAUGACUCCCAGUCCUUCUCAUCCGAUCUCCACAUGCCUCACUUCUCUGUGGAGAGUGGAUCUGCUGCUAGCCAGGUCCUUGUUAUGGGACCUGAUGACUUCAUUGUUGCAGUUGUAAGUUCUUUGAAUCGUCCCUUUGGCAGUGGAAUAAUAACACCAUCUGGAGUCCUCCUGAACAGCCAGAUGUUGGACUUCUCCUGGCAAAAUAAAACAAUGAACCACUCCAUUCCCAGGCCGCAAAAUCUCAUUCAGCCUCGGAAACGGCCUCUGUCUUUCCUGCUGCCCACCAUCGUGAGACCAUCCGAGGGGAUGUGCGGGACCUACCUGUGUCUGGGAGCUAACAACGGGGACAAAGCCCUGAGCAGCAUCGUUCAGGUUUUGGUCAAUGUUUUAACAUUUAACAAGAAUCUGAGUGAAAGUUUGUCACUUGGUCGACUUCACCCAGAGCUUCACUCCAACACCUUGCAGGUUGACAGUGAGUUUCCUGAAGAAGAUAUUGAAUUCCUUGUAGCCAGGGGCCAUCAAGUGGAUAAAGUCAAAGUGGUCUCCCUAGUUCAUGGGGCCAGGAGAACCAACAGUUUCAUCAUUGGCCUGAAGGACCCCAGGAGCGUGGAUGCUGCUGGAGCCACAGUAUUGUAGCACCUACCUGAUGACGUGUUCACUGAACAAGGCUUAGGCAAAUCACCGCAAGUGACAUGCAUGUUGUGAAAUGGCCCCUUCCCUUUCCCCAGGGCAGGAGCCCUGCAUACACACUGCUGAGCAGACUCUGCAUUUCCCACCCAGGCCGAUACCAGAGCGGUUAGCAGCACCAACAUACAGCGCUCUGAUUUUUUUUCUUUUCUUUUUAAAUGAUUCGAAUUGCAGGCAGCCCAGUACUUGUUACAUGAGUGCAGGGAGCCUUUUUUGGUUUUUUUUUUUUCUCAGAGUCUUGCUAAUAGUUUCAGUCUUUUGAAAAUCCCAAUUCUAGCCCACAUCUUAACUUCAGUGAGAAGGAACAUUAGCAAAGGAAAAAAAGAGCUGAUGACAGUACUGUCGUCUUCAUCUCCCUGUCUUUCUCAAGUUCAUUCUUUGCCUCUUCUGUAAGCCAGCGAUUAAUACAGCCUAAUGUAGUGUUUGUAGGUGCGUGUAGCUAGAAUAUCAGGGAGUCCUUUAAUACUCCGUACGGGCCAGCUGAUUUUUACCAGCAUGCAGCCUCCUGCGUAGUUCCUUUUCUCACAUCCCUACACACCUUGCAUUCUGGAAGUCUGAUGUUGUAACCGGAGCAAUGGUUUUACUUCCAACAACUUGUGGACCACCCCACAGUUUUCUUACAGAGGUUCAGCCUCCUCCAUGGUGAAUUUAAGCUUAGUGGUAAUGGGCCUAAUUUUCUUAGAUACUUUUUGGAGAUAUCUUAGCAGUACUCCACAGACUUGUAAAAAUCCACAGACCACAGGCUGAAAACCACACGGAGAGUGUUUAGGUAGGUCCAGGGCUUUCCUUACACUGCCUUAUCUCAGUCUGCUCUGAAAGCCUGAAUCGUGUAAUCCCUGCAGAGGGGCUUGGGAUUUUCUGCUUACUAAAUUCAUGCCUGUACUUCAGCUCCCUAUUUUGAUACUGGUGGCUCUACUGGAAAAGCUGAAGACAGUGAGAGAAGAGGUACAAACCAACAGUACUGAGAUAAUUUUCAGUCUGCAGCAUGUAGUACAAAAUACAAGAAUACUUCUGCAUUUCUUGUCUGAAAUAGAGCAAAGAAAUAAUACCACAUCUCACAGCUGCAGCACUUCAUUCAACCCACAUUUGGACAUUUCCUUCUCUUUUUACUAGCAAGUUAGACAGAGGCACCUGGCACUAAAAAAUUUUGGAAUUUGAUCAUUUUCUGUCGUCUAAAAUUUGAUUAUUUCCUUCAUGGUGCAAAUGCAUCCAUGGCCACUGUACAUAUUAUAUAUGUAUGUCUGCU